GAGGCGUGAAGGCAAAACCAUGCCUCAUUGGCACGGGCCUUCCAUUCUGGGGUUAGUGGAUUUAAGAGCCGCUUGGGACUCAGCUCUCAGCCUGACGGCGAGGCAAGCUAAUCAUGGACAAUGACGGUGCAUUCGGCGGUGAAGAGUCUCAAUAUUGCGAAAACGGGGUUCACAGAGGUGUAUAGACCCAAAGAUAGAGAGCCGGUCGUAGAGAUUAUUCUCGUACAUGGACUGCAAGGCGAUCCUUACCACACGUGGGCUUGCCAACUUUCAAAAAAUGAACAGAAGAAAGAAUCGAAGAGAAAAAGUGAAGAGAAGAAGAGUCGCGGUCUUGUUUACGGGACCUUCACCCAGUUGGGCCUUUCAAAACCAUGGCCAAAUACAGCGUGGAUGGACAAGGAAGAAGUCAAGAAAUCCAGCAAACCCACAAAAGACACCGAAGACAGUCAAGCUUCAGAGGUGUACUGGCCGUUAGAUCUGUUGCCAUCAGAAUGCCCGCGGGCUCGAAUCUCGGUCUAUGGAUACGACACGAAGAUUGCAGGCUAUGAAAGAGUGAACAAGGAUCAUAUCUAUCAGAUCGGAAAGAACUUUCUGUAUCAACUUCCUUUGCAUAGGCUUGACGGGCUACCCAUCAUAUUUAUUGCCCAUUCUUUAGGCGGGAUAGUAGUCAAAGAAGCGCUCGUACUGUCAUCAGACUCACGGGAAGAGGACCUACACAGCAUUGUAUCUUCGACGGCUGCUGUCGUUUUCAUGGGUACUCCGCACCGGGGUAGCAAAGACUGGGCUUCGGUAGGAGAAAGAGGCCGCAAACUUGCAAGUGCCCUUUUAAUGAACAACAACCCUUCUCUCCUCGAUACCCUGGGAUUGAAGAACGGAGAACUUUUCCGCACUGGAGAUAAGUUCGCAGAAGUGUGGGAUACCUCCAACUUUACCGUCAAAACAUACCAGGAGGGUCGGGCGUUCACUGGUGCAGGGAUAGGGCAUCUGGGUGACAAGGUCGUCUCAGACGAAUCUUCCCUCCUCUUCAAUCUAAAGGAACGUGCUGAGUCACUUGACGCAGACCACAGAGGAAUGUGCAGAUUCAGCGGGCCGAAUGAUGACAAUUGGCGAAAGGUUGGCCCACAGUUGAAACACUACUAUGAAAAGAUUGUGGGCCUGCAAGUAAUGCAGCUGGACACCUUGGAGUCGCAACAGGAGCCCGAAGAUGACCCACUCGAUAGCCUUGCCAACCAUGCGAGGUCAAAAUUCGGGGUAGACUUCCUGGAGCUACUAGCGUCACUUAGCUACGACAGCAUGGGUGAUGCAGAGCACGAAAUUACCAUGCCCCUCGAUGAGACUUGUCAAUGGAUCUUUCGACUGCCGAAAUUCAAUUCGUGGAUUGAUAGUUGCCGCGGCUCGGACCAACCGAAGAUCCUUUAUCUCACCGGGAAAUUGGGGUCGGGCAAGUCGACUCUGAUGAGGCAUGUUGUCACGACUCUGAAGCAUCAAAGCAAAACACCGAUACGUAACGUUGUAGCCUUCUUUUUCGCCUCUUCGAAGGAUGCCGUUCUGAAUCGCACCUCAUCAGACGUUUCCCGCUCCCUACUUUCACAGCUUUUUCGCAUACCUUCGUUUCGAGAGGACGCUCUAAAGUUUAUGGAUAAGUAUGGCUCGAAGCUACUGCUACCCCACGAGAAGCGAUGGCAUCCCGGCGAGCUCCAUGAAGCGGUCAUGGACUUGUUUCGCCAACCUCGAACGGACGAAGUCAUCAUAUUCGUCGACGCCGUCGACGAAUGCAUGGAUGCGGACAAACUUGUGCGAUUUCUUCAGGACAUGCUUUCCGUCGCUCACGCAAGAAAUUCGAAGAGAACACUCAAGAUCUGCCUCUCCUGGCAAGGUUCGCCUCCGUUAACAGACGAAGAAUCCGAACGCAUAUGCAUUGAAGACCACAACCAGGACGAUAUCGCACUCUAUGUACAUCGAAGACUCCAUGCUGGCAGCCUUUUGAGUCAAGAUCAUUACUGCUUCUUACAAAACUCCAUUAUCGAAAAAGCAUCGGGUGUGUUCCUGUGGGUGAUCCUGGUCGUGGAUCUCAUACAGAAACAUUUACAUGACGGCCGGGAUUUCCAGUUCCUCAAAGCGCUCAUGGAUGAGACACCGGGAGGAUUGAAAGGCCUUUAUCGCGACAUUCUUGUCCGUUUCACGGAAAAGGCUGAUCCGAUCACAACCAGUACCAUGAUCGGCGUUUUACAGUGGGUUCUGUUCUCAGCCCGCCUCUUAACCAUCGAUGAGUGGCACCAUGUGCUAGCUUUCAUUCAGAAUCCUUUUCUCCAAUCCAUCAAAGAAUGGGAAGUGUCGGAGACGUUUACAGAAUCUGACGACCUCCUGAUUCAAAGAAUAAAACGCGUCUGCCGUGGGUUCGUGGAUGUCAAACAUCGACAGGUCCCCAUAGACCCAAGUGCCACCCCCUCAGAAGUCGGCUCUCUUGGGGUUGGAGCAGGAUCCUUUGAGAGUCGCCAAUACAUCCAGGUCAUACAUCCUUCCGUUCGAACGUUCUUUCUCAAGGAAAAUGGAUUCGCUUUGCUAAAUCCCAAUAUCACGAACCCUCGGGCAGCAGGACAUUUGCAUAUCCUUGAUGUUUGCAUCAGAUACUGCUUUUUAGAAGAAAUGAAGCGGGCGUUCUGGGUCGGGCCAGCUCGUGCAGAGAAACGAAAAAGCCAAGUCGACGCUUCAAAGAAAGGGAUAUGGCGGAUCCGCAGCAUGAUUCCCUCUUUGCAAUCUAGGAAGGCUCGAAUUCUACAGCGCACACCGAGCAGGGCCAUGAGCCUGGGAUCUUCGGCGUCCUCGUCAGCCCCUUCGCUUUAUUCGGACGAUACACAACCCGGACAGCUCGCGGGGAAAUCGUCCCAAGCAAAUUGGAAAGCAUUCGCCGAUGAAACGGAUUCGCGCAAUGUCGGAUAUAGUAGAGACCUUAUGAUGAAAUAUGUACGGGGGCUAGAAGAUCCGUUACAACCUGCCUCCGCACCCGCAGAUAUAGUCUCUCGCGAGGUCCUUAGAGACACCAGCUCUUCUCGAUCGACAUCCUCGCAUGAACAAGCCGUCUACAACCCCCCGGCGCUUUGGUAUUAUUCCCGAAACAUGCUGGUACACCAUGCCGCUGCCGCCGACCAGGAAGGAGCACAUCCAGGAAGUCCACUCGACUUCCUACUAUCUCAAGACUGGAAGACGUGGGCAGCGACACGAGAAGACAUGCAAAAGGAUGCAACUCUUGUAUAUUUCGCUGCCCAGUGGAAUCUCGAGUCCUGGUUACUGUAUCUCCUUGACGAAAAAUCCCUGGACGAGACUGUGAAGGGGGGACUACAUUCCUAUCCUAUCGUAGUUGCUGCGCGGAUGGGCUGUAUAGAAGCUUUCCGAUGCCUGUUUUUGCGGAAUUUCUCCAAUCUCCUGGUCACUGACCCAUACGGGUGGACGGCGCUGCAUCAUGCCGUCCUCUCCAGAAACAACUGUAUUAUCGACUGGCUGCGUAAACCUCACCUCUCGAGACAAGCCUUGCGAGUUAUCCGCCGAACUAUCAACCACAAGGACAGGUGCGGCUACACCACCCUACACCUAGCGGCACUGGCCGCACCCGGCGAUGUCAUCUCGGACCUCGUUAAGCUCGGGGCUGACGUUCACUGCGUCGACAAAGAAGGCAACACCCCUCUCCAUUUUGCAUGCUCUCGAGACGAGUCCGAUCUCUCCGUGUGCGAGCUCCUUGUCAAUGCUGGAUGCGACAGGAUACAGCGCAACAACGACGGCAACUUUGCGUUUGAGCUCGCGCUUCAAUGGGAUCAUUGGGACUUGGUCUGGUACCUGUCAAUGAUUCCCUGGUCAUCGAACUCCUGGCCACGUUAGAUUCUACGUCACACGCAAGGUCGAUAAGGCGCUUCCGACCCCGGGCCAUAGAUGAGCAAUUACCCUAUGUAAGAGUAUUGACGUGCGUACGUCGCACGAGUUUGCAAUUCGUUGUUGGCCAAUCCCUCCAGGCUUUCUAUUCAGAUGCACUACAACACAAUGCAACGCGACGCCGUGACUACCAUUCCCCCUCUAUUCGAACAAU